AGCUCCUAAAUGAUUAGAAUCGUUUUCUUUCUAAUAUUAAAGUAUAAGGGACUGGGUACUUUUGCCGGUACUCCAUAAUCUGAGCACUACUUCUGUAGAAAUUGGGAACUCAGAACAGCCGUUGGUUCCAAUAUGCGCUUUCGGAUGAUACGUCUUUUCAGCCACUUUCGCUAAAGAAACAUUCCGAAGAAGCCUUUUCAAUCUGGGCCACCAUAAGAGGCUCGGUGGGUAGUUGAUUGCUGAGCUAUUUAUACGCUUCAUUGAGUGAUCAGCAGCCUGGUCUUUGCUUGUGGGUAUCUACAAUUUUCAAACUUGGAUUGUUUCUCGUAGUAGUUUCUUUCUGGUUGCGGCAUACAAGAAUAUCAGAAGAUGAUAAAUUUUAAGCAGUUAUGGACCAGAAAAACAUUGAUAGGCCUGGGGUUGGGACAGUUUCUAUCUCUACUGAUCACUGCCACAGGCUUCGCAUCUUCCGAGCUGGCCAAAAAAGGCAUUGAUGCACCAACUUCACAGUCUUUCCUGAACUAUGUGUUAUUGGCGAUUGUUUAUGGGAGUACUGCACUUUACCGAAGGCAACCACUCAAGGCAAAAUGGUACUAUUAUGUACUUUUAGCGUUGGUUGAUGUUGAGGGAAAUUUUCUUGUUGUAAAGGCAUACCAAUACACAUCAUUAACAAGUGUGAUGCUGCUUGACUGCUGGUCCAUUCCAUCUGUCAUGCUGCUGACAUGGCUUUUCUUGAAGACAAAAUAUAGAUUUAAAAAGAUUACUGGGGUAAUUGUUUGUGUUGCUGGUCUUGUGCUGGUAGUGUUUUCAGAUGUUCAUGCAGGCGAUCGUGCUGGUGGAAGCAAUCCUCGCAAAGGGGAUAUUCUUGUCAUUGCCGGUGCUACCUUGUAUGCUAUCAGUAAUGUCAGUGAGGAGUUUCUAGUGAAAAAUGCCGAUAGAGUUGAGCUCAUGGCAAUGUUGGGUACCUUUGGUGGCAUUAUCAGCGCAAUUCAAAUAAGCGUACUUGAGCGCAGUGAGCUGAAAUCUAUUCAUUGGUCAGCCGGAGCAGCACUUCCCUUUGUCGGGUUCGCAUUGGCGAUGUUUCUGUUCUACUCAUUAGUCCCUGUCCUGCUUAAGAUCAAUGGGUCUACCAUGCUAAAUCUGUCUCUGCUGACUUCAGACAUGUGGUCUGUCUUAAUUCGCAUUUUUGCAUACCAUGAAAAGGUUGAUUGGAUGUAUUUUGUGGCUUUUGGUGCUGUUACAAUUGGGCUUAUUAUCUACUCCGGGGGUGACAAGGAUGAGCAUCAAGAUCCAGCUAUUGUUGAUGAAGAUGCAGAGCGAAGUAAACAGGAUGAAGAAGCCAAUGCAGGAAGUCAUAGUAAAGGGACUGUGGCUGAAAGCUCAUAAAGUUAGGGAGCUUAAGAAAGUGUAGAUAGAGAUAUGCAUAAGGAGAGAAACAAUGAGGAAAUAGUCCCUCAUAAUGAAAGAAAGUUCGAAAUUUAACCCACAUUAGCAGAGCAAGCAAAACUGCUAGCCACGCUUCACAGAUGAAGUCCUUUUUAUUUAGAUCUCUGUUUUGUCCAGUUUCACCUCAUUUCAAGGAUGGAAUUUUGAGUGAAAAAACUAUUUUGGAAAUGAGUCAAUUAUUUGUCCACAGAUUGCUACUUAUCUUGCAGCAUUGUUUCCUAUUUCUGCACUGACCAUUGGUAUAUAAGUGUUGAUUUCAAGGAGCUUAAGAAUAUAAUGCUUCUUUAACAUUGUUUUUUCAAA